AUGUCCUCCCAAGCCGACCUAAGCGUCUCCAACCUCUUCUCCUUCAAUAAACAUGUAGCCCUGGUCACCGGGGGCGCCUCCGGGCUUGGAGAGAUGGCCGCGCAAGCGUUGGUGCAAAACGGCGCCAGAGUCAUUAUCGCCAGUCGUAAGGAAGCCGAAUUGAAGAAAUGCACAGAUCGGUUGAACAAACUCGGCCCGGGAACAUGCGAGUACAUCGUUGCUGAUUUGAAGGAUAAGGCCGGCUGCGAUUACCUGGCUGCAGAGGUCCAGAAGAGGACAGACAAGCUAACAGUUUUAUUAAACAAUACCGGCGUUACAUGGGGUGCAUCAUAUGAGGAUUUCCCCGAAACUGCAUGGGAUAAAGUCAUGGCAUUGAAUGUCAAAUCCGUAUUUUACUGUGACGUCCUGCCUCUUCUCAAAAAGGCCGCCUCUCCCCACAUGCCAAGCCGUGUGAUUAAUAUCGCCUCAAUGGCAGGAAUCUCAACGCUUGACCCCACAGCCACAGGUAACGGAGGACUCUCCGCCCCGGGAACGGGUCCCUUCAGCUACGGUCCAUCAAAGGCAGCUUGUAUCCACCUUUCCCGACAGCAGUCGUCAAAGUUCGCUCCGAUGAACAUCAUGGUAAACUGCGUGUGCCCUGGUGUCUUUCCCUCCCGCAUGUCGAACUUUGGCAUCGAGAAAUACCUUGGUACGCUUUUACAGGCACAACCCACCGGCCGCGUCGGAAAGCCAGAGGACUUUGCUGGUCUGGUUCUGUUCCUUUGCAGCUAUGGCGCCUCCCAUUUGACCGGUAACGUUAUUGAGCUGGAUGGUGGAAGUAGCCGGAGUGGAUGGAAAGGUGGUUCGAGAGAGAAGCUGUAA